GGGCGAAACCGGGCAGCGCAUGCUCAGUGAGGGUUGCCAACCUCAGCCGCCGCUGCCACCGCCCACUCGGGGCUAGAGAGUUAGCUGCAGGCUGCAACUUAGCGGAGACGGGCCCGACUGGGCGAGCGUACGGCCAUGGCCCCGUGGCUGCAGCUCUGCUCCUUCUUCUUCACUGUCAACGCCUGCCUCAACGGUUCGCAGCUAGCAGUGGCCGCGGGCGGCUCAGGCCGCGCCAGGGGCGCCGACACCUGUGGUUGGAGGGGAGUGGGGCCGGCCAGCAGAAACAGCGGGCUGCACAACAUCACCUUCAGAUAUGACAAUUGUACCACCUACUUGAGUCCUGUUGGGAAGCAUGUGAUCGCUGAUGCCCAGAACAUCACCAUCAGCCAGUAUGCUUGCCAUGACCAAGUGGCAGUCACUAUUCUUUGGUCCCCAGGGGCCCUUGGCAUUGAAUUCCUAAAAGGAUUCCGAGUAAUCCUGGAGGAGCUGAAAUCGGAGGGAAGACAGUGCCAACAACUGAUUCUAAAGGACCCCAAACAGCUCAACAGCAGCUUCAAAAGAACUGGAAUGGAAUCUCAGCCUUUCCUGAAUAUGAAAUUUGAAACGGAUUACUUUGUAAAGAUUGUUCCUUUCCCUUCUAUUAAAAACGAAAGCAAUUACCAUCCCUUCUUCUUCAGAACACGGGCCUGUGACCUGUUGUUACAACCUGACAACUUGGCCUGUAAGCCCUUCUGGAAGCCUCGAAACCUGAAUAUCACCCAGCACGGUUCCGACAUGCAAGUGUCCUUCGACCAUGCACCGCAGAACUUCGGCUUCCGAGGCUUCCAUGUUCACUAUAAGCUCAAGCACGAAGGCCCCUUCAGGCGGAGGACUUGUAGGCAGGACCAGAAUACAGAGACAACCAGCUGCCUCCUCCAAAAUCUUUCUCCAGGGGAUUAUAUCAUUGAGCUGGUGGACGACAGCAACACCACCAGGAAAGCUGCGCAGUACGUGGUGAAGCCAGUGCAGUCUCCCUGGGCGGGACCCAUCAGAGCUGUGGCCAUCACUGUGCCUCUGGUUGUCAUAUCCGCGUUCGCAACGCUGUUCACUGUGAUGUGCAGAAAGAAACAACAAGAAAAUAUAUAUUCACAUUUAGAUGAAGAAAGUCCUGAGUCCUCCACAUAUGCUGCAGUUCUCCCCAGAGAUAGGCUCCGGCCUCGCCCCAAGGUCUUCCUCUGCUACUCCAGUAAAGACGGCCAGAAUCACAUGAACGUGGUCCAGUGUUUCGCCUACUUCCUGCAGGAUUUCUGUGGCUGUGAGGUGGCUCUGGACCUGUGGGAAGAUUUCAGCCUCUGCAGAGAGGGGCAGAGAGAAUGGGUCAUUCAGAAGAUCCACGAGUCCCAGUUCAUCAUUGUCGUGUGCUCCAAAGGCAUGAAGUACUUUGUCGAUAAGAAGAGCUACAGACACAAAGGAGGCGGUCGUGGGGCAGGGCAAGGAGAGCUCUUCCUGGUGGCGGUGGCAGUCAUUGCUGAGAAGCUCCGCCAGGCCAAGCAGAGCUCAUCUGAGGCCCUCAGCAAGUUCAUCACCGUCUACUUUGAUUAUUCCUGUGAAGGGGAUGUCCCUUGUACCCUGGACCUUAGCACCAAAUACAAGCUCAUGGACAACCUUCCUGAGCUUUGCUCCCAUCUGCAUUCAGGAGAGCGGGAGGAGCCAGGUCAGCACCCAGGACACAGCGGCAGAAGGAACUACUUCCGGAGCAAAACUGGCCGCUCGCUGUAUGUUGCUAUUUGCAACAUGCACCAGUUUAUUGAUGAGGAACCUGACUGGUUUGAGAAGCAGUUUUUACCCUUCCAGCGUCCCUCUGUGCGUUACCAGGAGCCAGUCCUGGAGAAGUUUGACUCAGGGUUGGUUUUAAAUGAUGUCAUAAGCAAACCAGGGCCAGAAAGUGACUUCUCCCUAAAAGUUGAGGCUUCUAUACUUGGGGCCACUGGGCCAGCUGACUCUUACUCAUACCUGGAGAAUCAGCAUACAGGCCUGGACCAAGACACUGAGGCCCAGCACACUUGUGAUAGUGGCCCUGCCUUGCAACCCCUAUUGCAUGCACUGAAAGCUGGCAGUCCCUCAGAUAUGCCACGGGACUCGGGCAUAUACGAUUCCUCUGUGCCCUCAUCAGAGCUGUCUCUGCCUCUGAUGGAAGGACUCUCCCCUGAUCAGAUAGAAACAUCUUCCCUGACUGAGAGUAUAUCUUCCUCCUCUGGCCUAGGUGAGGAGGAUCCCCCUGCCCUCCCUUCCAAGCUCCUUGCCUCUGGGGUAUCCAGAGGCGAACAUGGUUGCCAUAGCUACACUGAUGCACUCCAAGCGGUUGCCCCUUUGUAAGGACACAAAGAAUCUAAGCAUCGCCACUUUAGCUGCUGUUCUCUCUGGCUCCUCCGCUCGCCCCUGUGGUUGUGCAGCCUCCUUGGAGCUGAGGGCUCACACGAGGAUAUCUGGAAUGAAAUUCUGCUAGCACUCGACCAUUCUGCUCCAGCUUUCUAACGGAUACUUCGCAAAGUCUCCAAUUUCCCGAAAGCAUAUGGAACCCUGAAAGCCAUGUCCAUUAGAUCUGACCGCAGCUGUCCACGUGAGGCUGAUCCUUGGAUCAAAGCCUGCUCUGGGUGGGUAGAGCAGAGCCAGGUAAAGAGAAAUAGGAAAGCACCCACACAGCCUGCUCUGGCUUCACUUGAAUUCUGGCUACUUAAACUCAGAAUGCUUUGUGGAAAAGCCCUCUCGGCAUCCUUACAGCUACACAAGUCAAGUACCAUUGGGACCCAAGCUAUGCUGCAAAUGAUGUUUCCAUCCAUUUUGAUGUGGAACUUACACUGUCCUGAGUGUUAUAUAAACUUUGAGUCUAAGGUUCAGACAAUGACUAAACAUCGUCCGGUCACUUUUCGUAAAACAACUCUCUCUCUAUUGUUGGGAAACAUGGCCAACCAGGAUGGGAUCCCGUGGAGCAGGCUGACCGUCUUGAUGGUUCCGUGUGAGAUGGGUUGACUAAUGUGCAGAUGUCAGAACCUGGGCCUUUUCCCUUCAUUGAAGUAGGUAUCCUGUGGUAGCCACGGCUGUCUGUUCAGUUUCCCUGGGCUACAUUUACUGCUCUGUAGCUCGGGUGCUGACAGUGGACAUGGAAGACUGCUGUCCAUUACCCAGCUGGGCAGCAACAUUAUUGGAAUUUGUGGUUUGUAUUUCAGCUGGUGCUGUGUCUUGAAUGUUAGAGGUCAGAGUCCACUAAUACACGACUGUGUACAGGAGACGGUGGCCAGUUAGUCUACUGGUUUCGACAAGUGACAAACCUCCUUUUCAGAAGGCAGAAAGGAGGGGAUUGUUACAAGAGUAAAUGUUCUGUUUCUGUGAAUGAGUCUUGUACAGACAUUCUGUUUCCAAAGGUAAAACAUCCCUUCACAUCCUAUUUGUUAAUUAGAUGUAUAUAAUGAUGUGUCUGUCUCCUCCGUGGAAUCCCCCAUCCCUCGCCCUGGUGCACUUGGUGUGAGCAUCCUUCUCCACUGUUAUCAUGGGUGCGGUUGGGUUUUGGCAGCCUGUCUUCUCAGCAUUCUAUCAGGAACUAUUAAUUUUUCCCAUUCCUCCACCAGAUUGGACCAGCAUUAAGGGGUUUGCUGAGAAAGAUCUCAAGGUCAGGUGUGGAGGUGAGAUGAGCCAGGGAUUUUCCUUCUAGGCACCUUUUCAGUGGGGAGAGAAGGGAGCCCUCAGUUCCUGCUGGGAAGAGGAGGUUUGUGUGUAUUUUGGAUGAAAAUGUCCUCCCUGCUCCUCACAGGCAGCUGGCAGCCGCUCA